AUGGCAGUGAACAUAUAUUCAACAUCAGUCACCAGUGAUAACCUAAGUCGAUAUGACAUGCUGGCCUGGAUCAAUGAGUCUCUGCAGCUGAAUCUGACGAAGAUCGAACAGUUGUGCUCAGGGGCUGCCUACUGUCAGUUUAUGGGCAUGCUGUUCCCUGGCUCCAUUGCCUUGAAGAAAGUGAAAUUCCAGGCUAAGCUAGAACAUGAAUACAUCCAGAACUUCAAAAUACUACAAGCAGGUUUUAAGAGAAUGGGUGUUGACAAAAUAAUUCCUAUGGACAAAUUAGUAAAAGGAAAGUUUCAGGACAAUUUUGAAUUCGUUCAGUGGUUCAAGAAGUUUUUUGAUGCAAAGUAUGAUGGAAAAGACUGGGACCCCAUAGCUGCCAGACAAGGUCAAGAAUCUGCAGUGGCUCCCUCCCUUGUUGCUCCAGCUCUGAACAAACCGAAGAAACCUGUCAGCUCUAGCAGCGCAGCUCCACAGAGGCCCAUUGCAACACAGAGAACUACUGCAACCAAGGCUGGCCCGGGUGUGGUGCGAAAGAAUCCUGGUGUGGGCAACGGGCAUGAUAAAGCCGCUGAAUUGAUGCAGCAGGUCAACGUAUUGAAACUUACCGUCGAAGACUUGGAGGAAGAGAGAUUUCUACUUUGGAAAGCUAAGGAAAGCAAAUCAAUUGAAUUGAUUUGCCAGGAGAACGAGGGGGAAAACCCGGUAUUGCAGAGGAUCGUGGACAUUCUGUAUGCCACAGAUGAAGGCUUUGUGAUACCUGAUGAAGGGGGCCCACAGGAGGAGCAAGAAGAGUAUUAA